UAAAACCAAAAAUUUUAAAUAUUUUUUAAUUUUUUUAAACUCAAAUAUUAGGCAUUGCAUGGAUAUACUACUUCUAUUUUCUUCAAUUUUGCCUAUGAUACACAUGAAGCCACCCCCUAAAAUUGCCAUUAUAGGAGGUGGUAUAGGAGGGUUUUCUGCAGCCUAUUUCAUAAACGAAAUAUUGCCCGAAGCCACCAUCGAUGUUUACGAGAAAGAUGGUAGAAUAGGUGGUAGAAUGCGUUCGGUCGAAUUGAUCGGCGAAAAAUACGAAGCGGGAGCCUCCAUUAUCCACGACAAGAAUUUGUAUAUGAAAAAAUUCCGGGAAAAAUUUAAUCUCAAAAAACGGGAAAAACUUUCUUCUAACGGAGUAUUCGUUUAUGUAGGCCGAAAUAGGAUCGAAUAUCCGACCGGGUAUUCCUUCAAAGCCCUCCUCAAUUUUCCUUUUCUGAACGAUUUCGUCAACGCCGUAAGAUUCGUCUUCUCUUGCGGCGUAUGGGAUUUUUUCAAACUUUAUUUUAAUACCCGGAGACUCUUGAAAAAUUUCGUCAGGAUAUAUGAGUAUCAGGCAAAUGGAACGAGCUUCGAGACGAUCGACGAAUUGCUAAAGUCUUUGCCGGGACUGCACCAGCUCACUAAGAUAUCCUUAGAGGAUUAUCUGAGGCGCGAUUUGGGCCUAGGCUCUAGAAUAUUAACUAACUUAAUCCUUCCGGCUAUCAGGGUCAAUUAUGGCCAGGACUUAGAUGUGCCAGCUUUAGUCGGUAUGAUAUCUUUAGCAGCCAGUUUGGACGGUUCAGCCCUUUGGAGCGUGCAGGGUGGCAACGAGCUCUUUGUCCGAUUUAUUUACAAUUACCUAAGCUUCAAUGAAACUAUUUUAUAUGGCGCAUCUCCGAAUGGGCAUGGUUCUAACCUGUACCAUCACCCUGACUUUUUAGUCGACCAUGAUGGCUGCCACCUCCAGGGUCAACCUCGAAACCGGAAAUUUAAUCUUUACACCGGCACGAACUUAGUCGGAAUGGUCUACAACAACGAAACGGCCACUUACGAAUUGUCAUUCAAUCAAACCGGUUGUCGAAAUCAUUUAGAUCGCGACAAUUCUUCCAAGUUAUACGAUACCGUUAUUUUAGCUACACCGUUCCCGUUUAUUUUUCCGGACGUUUAUCCUUCGCCUACCACCAUCGAGGCUGGCGGCGAUAUUAAAUGGUGCCUUAAUUUGGACGUUUCUAAUUCUGAUCAUACCUUUGAAUGCCUCGACGAGGCUAAUCCUCAUACCGAUAUCGAAAAUAAAGCGUUGAGAAAUAAUGAUACAGUUUAUCGCGGCAAUAAUCUUCUCCGAUAUCAUACCCUGUGGGUUUAUCUCGUGGAUCGGAAAACAGCCGAUCCAAGUGAGGAUAUAUUCGGUCCCGUUAAAGCCAAAAACUGGCUUUUCCCGCUGAUUUCGUCACGACCGUACUCCUACGUAGACGGGAUUUUUACUAGUCGCGUUAACGGCACCGGAAUCGAUAAAAAUGAAAACGCGCCUUUAUCAAAUAUUUCUCGCUUGGAGACUCUUUUUAAUUCCAUAGGCUUGCAGGCGCCGGUAACCUUUGGCCAGAAAAAAACGCCUAAAAAUACUAACAGCGAUAUAUCUGACGAUGAUUCUCACCACACCUACUACGAGAAAAAAAUCAAUGAUACGGGCCCCGAAAUAGGGGCUUUACAAGAGUUGGACGGAUACUCGAACGGAACCGGAUGUGGGCGUUUGGAAAGUUUUCUCCAAUGAACCGCUCUCCCCCAAUUUUUGACCCAGGUCCUUUUUAAAUCUCUACGCGAUAAUGUAGGAAAUUUAUCUGGCGUAACGGCGGGUAAUUACAGCGUUAACGUUUCCUACCGAGAAAUUAGAUGGGACGCCUACCCGGAGUACGCUACCCUGUGGAAACAUCGUUCGCAAGAUGACACCGAAAUCGCGCGAGAGUAUAGACGGGAUAUAAAAGAAGCCGUUCAUCCUUUUCCCCCUAUCGUUUUGCAUUUGAAUCGGGAAGGCGGGGGCGUGUAUCAUUUAAAUAGCAUAGAGUGGGCCGCUUCCGCCAUGGAGAUGUCCGCGAUAUCCGCUAAAAAUUGUGCUCUAUUAGCUCGAAAGAAUCUCGAACAAAAAAGCAAUGCAUAAAACACAUAUUUUUUUUUAAAUAUAUUGAUUAUUAUAUAUUCAAAAAAUGGCUCAAGAUUUACUUUUAAGCCUUCCAUAACGCAUUUUUUUUUAAAACAAGAU